UGUUAUUCAGAAAACAUUAGAAAUAUAGAGUUAAGAUGGAUGAUAAUUCAGAGACUUUAUUAAAAAAGUUAUGUUGUACAUGUUUAUGUGAAGACAGAAAAUUAUUUCAAUUGUGUAGAAUUAAUAAUGGUGUUAACAACUUGUAUUGGUUAUUAUCAUCCGAUUCUGAAGCCUUUAGGGAAGGCUUUCACAGACAUGGUGCAAGUUUGUACAUCUGCUGGGAGUGUGAUGCAAUAAUGAGAAGGAUAUGUGACUUUAGAAGACAGGCUUGUAUCGCACAGAGACAUCUGACAUGCCUAGUUGAAGGACAAUAUAAAGCUAUAAAAAUGCUAUCAAAACUAACUCAUACAUUAAAAAAAACAUAUGACUACACAUUUACAAGAAUAAUAAAGAAACCUGGUUCGAAACCGAGACGUAAUAAAACGAUGACUGAUAAACCGACACCGUUCGGUUUUUUGUGUAGCGAAUGUAACCAGUAUUUUGAUACAAAGAAAUCAAGAUGGAUUCAUGUACAACGAUCUCAUAGGGAAGGUUUUGAAUGUACGAUUUGCGGGAAGAGAUUUCCCUUCAGAAAUAACCUAACAAGACAUCAGCUUACGCACACAUCACCACAGCCUCGUAUCGAAUGUACGAUAUGUCAUAAACUUGUACGCACGGAUCUGUCGCGAGCGCAUGCGCGUACUCACGCGCCCCGAAAUACGUACGCGUGUGCGCUCUGCGUGAAGACAUUCGCAAGUCGAGCGUCGUACGAACAUCAUCUCAAAUAUACGAAAACACACGCUGUUAUUGAUAUAAACAAAUACAAAUGCUCGGUGUGUGACAAAGGGUACAAGUCUAAAGGUGAGCUGAGAGACCACAUUAACUAUCGUCACAUGGGCAAGACUCAACACAAAUGUCCACAAUGCGGCAAGGCGCUGGCGACACGUCGCUGCGUAACGCGACACAUACGACGCGCUCACGACGGCCUCAAGGAGAACCCACGUGAUAAGAUGUGUCAACAGUGUGGCAAAGCGUUUAGAGAUAAAAAAGGUUUAAGAGAACACGAACUCAUCCAUACAGGGGAAAGACCUUUAUCUUGUGAGAUAUGCGGCUGUACUUUUAGACAGAACGCAUCUUUAUAUACACAUAGGAAGAGAGUACAUAAUAUAUAUAAUAAGAGAAGAAGCAUAGAGUUGAUGGAGAGUGAGAUACCAAAUACGUAGUUAAGAAGAUAAAGGCAGAAAUUCGCAAGAGACAUGCUACAAAUGUUCUCGCCUGUUCGCGCUGACUGUUGCGGGAAUUUCAACAAACGCGUUCAAGUCGGAACAAAACAAAUCAAAGCAAAUGAUCUAUCAAUUUAUAGAGAGAGUAUACAAUAUCACGGGGUCAAAUAACUUUUUCUGUUUAUUAAAGAUUAGAAAAUGUCGACAUAAUUGUAUAAUUCAAACAAGAAGUUUAAUUAAAA